AUGUCGGAGAAGAAUACGAAAAAAAAACUGGCCGACAUCCCGUUGACAAGGCCCGGGUUCGACACUCUUGCGAUGUCUGCUCCCACGCUCGUGCAGAUGAAUCCCCAGGGAAAGUGGGAAAACAAGACGCCGGAUGAAAACGACGCCGAAAAUAAGCAGUUGAAAGCCGUCAUUAAAUACUUGAUAGACAGCAAGGCCGUGUCCGCCGCGCAGAGCUACUGCUGCCAGUGCGCGGAGCAACACCAGCUCCAAGAUGGCGACAAGUUGAGCUACGUGCCCGUGAUCAUGAUGCCGCUGACCGCGGCCGAGGACUGCCCAUUUGACAUGGACUGCGAGGUGCAAAAGAUGAAGGAGACGGCGCCCAAGAAGGAAACACGACAGAAAACGCAAGUCAAAGAGGUAGAAAAAGAAAAGGAAAAACAAAAAACUAAGAAACGUGGCUACGUUUUGCAGAGAUUGACUGACUUUGACCUUUUAUCGCAAUGGUAGCCAUAGGCGUCACCAAUUUAAUAGUCCUUUGUGUUUGGCAAUGUCGAAAUGUUUUUUUUUUUUCUUGGCCUUAUUU